AUGGAGGGAGUACGAGGGUUCUUUCGAUACUUCCAGCUCUUAACCUACGCCGAACCGAGCGCGAUUGACAUUUCGUUACUGAUAGUUGGCACCAUUUCUUCGAUCGCUGCCGGAAUACCGUUCCCGCUUCUCGGUAUACUCUUCGGUCAACUAUUGGACGACCUCAACUCGGCAACAUGUGCGGGAGAACAAGCAACCUCUCCCGAGGACUAUCAAUCCGAUGUUAAUCAGAAGGUGUUGCUGGUAAUGGCCUGCGCCCUGGCGCAGCUUGCGCUUGUUUACAUAUACACUGUGUGCUGGAAUCUUUUUGGCGAUCGGCUUGCUCACCGGCUACGAGAGCGUUACUUCCGUUCCUUGUUACGCCAGGAGGUGUCAUUUUUCGACAAACUACCAGCUGGGGAGGUCUCUUCGCGCCUGAGCGCCGACAUAGCUACCAUCAAAAGUGGUACAUCCGAAAAGGUUGGCGUUUACAUGGGCUCACUCGCAAUGUUCAUCACUUCCUAUGUCGUGGCCUUCAUUAAGGACGCCAAACUAGCCGGUAUUCUAGUAUCGCUGGUUCCUGCGUUCAUGCUGAUGUCCCUUGUUGGUGGCCACUUUAUUGGUAAAUUCUCGGGCCUAGCGUCGCAAUAUGUUGCUUCCGCAUCGUCUAUCGCCUUGGAGAGUUUGUCAAAUCUGAUGGUUGUACAUGCGUUCAGGGCUAAUAACCGCCUUGAAGAGAAAUUCGCCAAUGAGCUCGUCAUAGCCAAAAAUAAUGGUGUCAAAAAAGCUAUCGCAACUGCUGUACAAUCUGGCCUGCUAUAUUUCAUAGCUUUCUCGGCAAGUGGGUUGGCGUACUGGCAGGGCAGUCAAACCAUAGCUGAUGUUGUUGCUGGCCGUACGGAGGGAGUGACAAUUGGUACAACAUACACCAUCAUAUUCCUCUUGGUUGACGGUAAGAUCUUUGGGCCCAACUAUCCUUCCAUUGUUAUCAGUCAGAUAUCGCCAUACCUGCAGAUCUUCGGGUCUGCUACAGCCGCGCUGGAGAAACUCAAGAAGGAUAUCGAUCGGCAUUCCAAAAUCGACGGAACUCUUCCUUUGCAGGGCGACGAAUUUGAGACAUUCUCGGGUGAUGUUGCACUAGAAAAUGUGAGCUUUACGUACCCGUCUCGUCCCGACGUUCCCGUAAUUCAAGGCGUGACGCUUCACUUCCCAGCAGGCCAGCAAACCGCAAUUGUUGGUCUAUCCGGUAGUGGAAAAUCGACAAUUGCCGGUUUGCUAACUCGACUAUACGACCCUGACCAAGGUACCGUAUAUGUGGAUGGCCGAGAUAUCCGCGACGUCAAUGUGCGCCAAUUGCGAAGCUUUAUUGGACUUGUUCAACAGGAUCCCUUACUUUUGGAUCGAUCAGUUUUGGAGAACAUAGCCCUCGGUUUGGUGAACUCUCCUCGCCCAGAGCAUGCCCCCCUACAACCUAUCCUUCUUGGUACACAGUUGUCGGAAGUAGCAGAGGCGGUGCGAGGCGGGCAAGAUAUAGUUACUGCUGCCGAGUCAUAUGGCGACCUGACUCUUGAAAUUGUGAAGAUGGCCCAACGAGCAGCGACCCUUGCUGACGCUGAGACUUUCCUUGGGAAUCUAGAAUACGGAUUUGGUACGAUUGUUGGUCCCAACGGCGACUUGCUAAGUGGCGGACAAAAGCAGCGCGUAGCAUUAGCAAGAGCCCUCGUCAAAGACCCCAAGAUCCUGGUUUUAGACGAAGCGACCUCUUCUCUCGAUUCAGCUAGUGAACAGCGUAUCCAAAGUGCUAUUGACAAGGCUUCUAUGGGCAGAACGGUAAUAUCAAUUGCGCAUCGUCUAGCGACUGUCAAAAAUGCCGACAAUAUUGUUGUUAUGCGCAAUGGAAAAGUGAUAGAACAGGGCCAUCACCUUGACCUUCUCGCCAGAGAUGGCGAUUAUGCAGCCCUUGUCCGAUUGCAGAAUAUGGGAUCGGAAACUUCAAGUAUGAGCACCACGAAGGGAAGCAUAACAAAGGACCCGGCCCGUUCUGACAUAGAUAUGGUGGAAGUAUCCCGAACCCUCACCAUCGAGAAUGUGGAAAACGAAAAGGCAUGCGAAAUAGCCGUCCCCGAAAUUGAAGGAGAUGUGGAAAAGGAAGUGAAAGUAUCUGACCAGUCCAGGCCGACAUGGGCUACGAUUAAGAGCAUAGUGGCAAUAACUCGACCAUAUCUUCUCUGGGUGUUUGUUGCAUUCUUCGCUGCUAUCGUUGUUGGUGGGACAUAUUCCGGGUCGGCAUUGAUAUUCGGCAACACGAUCGGUGCCUUAAGCCCCUGCAAUUCUGAGGAUGCUAUUCUAGCAGCGGGUAGAUUCUUUGGCCUCAUGUUUUUCGUGCUUGCCAUAAUCGAGUUUUUCGCCAAUGCGGUGAGCUGGUCGGCGUUUGGCUUGAUCGCGCAAAAGAUGCUCUAUAAAAUCAGAGUUCUUUCUUUCCGCUCGCUAUUUGAACAAGAUCUACAGUGGCAUCAAUCUGAGAAUCGCUCCCCUUCGACGUUACUAUCGUAUAUCACGAGCGACUCAGCGGCCGUCGAGGGUCUAACAGGCUCCAUAAUAGGGACGAUGUUCUCUAUCUGUGUCAAUUUCAUCGCCGCGGUCAUCCUGACGCUCAUAAUCGCCUGGAAAAUAGCAAUAGUUUGUCUUGCAACAGUACCGCUUAUGCUUGGCUCAGGAAUAAUGCAAGCUCGCAUCCUUAGUCGUUUCGCAGCGCGCCACGAACAAGCGUUUGCCAAAUCGGUGAGCAUUACUGUUGAGGCUGUAAACUCGAUCAAGACUGUUGCGGCGCUAUCGCUAGAGCAGGAAGUUCUUGGCACAUACCGGCGCUCCCUGUCGGCGCCGCGAAAGGAGAUGACGCGCUCAAGCUUAUGGGCCAACUUAUUCCUCGCGAUCGCAUUCAGCUUGUCAAACCUUAUCUAUGCCUUCAUCUAUUGGUGGGGAGCCAAGCAGAUCAUCGAAAGCCAUUAUACACAAGUAGAAUUUUUCAUCGUACUUAUAUCUCUUCUGGUAAGUGCGCAGCUUUGGGGCCAAUUGUUUACCCUCGCCCCUGAAAUAACGAGAGCGGGGAGAGCAAUAGGACGAAUUUUCGAUCUUAUCGACUUGAGCUCGUCAAAAACUUUAUUGGCCAAGCGGGUAAAUUACCACGAUCCGGAGGCGGCUGUCGAGUCAAAGAAAACAGCAGCAGCAUCAAAUUCCAAGGGCCUUGCGGUAAGCUUCAAGCAAGUCAAAUUCUCAUACCCCGCGCGGCCGAAUCGACAGGUAUUAAAAGGUCUCGAUAUCGACAUUCGCCCAGGUCAAUUCUGCGCUCUCGUUGGGCCUAGUGGAGCCGGAAAAUCGACAGUCAUAUCCUUACUAGAACGCAUGUACAGCGUGGGGUCAGGAGUGAUCGAAGUCGACGGCAUGGACAUAUCCGCUAGGAAAGAGCCCAUAUUUCGAGACGAUAUCGGUCUGGUUCCUCAGGAUAGCGUCCUAUUCGAUGGUAGCAUCCGAUUUAACGUGGGGCUUGGUGCUCGCCCAGGAACAGAACCAUCAGAUGCAGACAUUGAGGAGGCAUGCAAAUUAGCCAAUAUUCAUGAUACUAUUAUGACUCUACCCGAUGGCUACAACACGCAAUGCGGUCCCAGUGGGGGCCAGCUUUCUGGCGGUCAGAAACAGCGUCUCUCCAUCGCGAGAGCCUUAGUACGUAAGCCGAGGCUACUACUCCUGGACGAAUCGACGAGUGCCCUAGAUGCAGAGUCAGAGAGGCUUUUACAGGAUGGGUUAGAAAAGGCAACGAGGGGUAUAACGGUGGUGGCUAUCGCACACCGACUACAUACGAUCCGACGCGCGGAUGUGAUUUUCAUGAUCGAGGACGGACGGUGUGUCGAAAAGGGUACGCAUGAGGAGUUGAUGAUUCGUAGCGAGAGCUACCGCGUCAAUGUUCUACACCAGACGUUGGACGGUUGA